UUGAGCUCCAUCGUUGUGUUUCUGAACUCACUAAAAACGCGUCCUGCGUGAAAUCAUACAAAACUCUUUCAGUUCCCCUUUGAUGUACGUGCAACUGUAAACCCGCCUCAGAAAACCACGAGUAGCUUCACUUCCACUUCACUGAACAAUCUCUCUGUCUGCCUCUCUCCGUGUGGGUUUGAAGAGCUCCGAAUUUCACAUAAUCCAGCAUGUCUCUCCCUCAGCAGUUGCGAGAUGAAAGUGAUUUUGACCAGCUUCCAGGCAACAUCCCAGUCACUGCAACCAUUGCUGAUAUUGAGGAGAAGAAAGGUUUCAUUGAUUACUUUAGGUUCGUGAUUGAGGUAAAGACCAAAGGCAACAGUAAGUACCUGAUCUACAGAAGGUAUCGACAGUUCUUCACUCUGCACCAGAGUUUGGAGCUGAAGUACUCAGUUGAAGCCCAGCCGGGAUACUACACCUGCCAACUACCUGUCCUGCCAGGUAAGGUAUUUAUGGGAAACAAAAAGGAGAUUGCAGAAAGCAGAAUCCCAGAGCUAAACAAUUACAUGAAGAGGUUGCUUUGUCUGCCUACCUGGGUACUUUUGGAUGAUCUGAUACGGAUGUUUUUCUACCAGACUGAGACGGACAGCCAACAGGUCCCCCGGGCCCUGCGCCGCCUGCGACCCCCCACACGCAAAGUAAAAACCGUAAAGCCCAAAACGGACCUUUUUUCCUCGCCCAGAGCAGAGGCAGUGUUUGACUUCAGCGGCAGCGGACGCCUGGAGCUCAAUCUGAAGGCUGGAGACGUGAUCUUCCUCCUGCGGAGAGUCAACGUUGACUGGCUGGAGGGCACCGUGAGGGACAAAACUGGAAUCUUUCCCGAGUCGUUUGUAAAGAUUAUUAAACCACUUCCCGAGAGUGACUCUGAUGAAGAGGGCGGAGCUUCCAAGAACGGGAAACGUGCUCAGAGUUCCUACAGCUGCCUGCGCUGCUAUCUACUGCAGCCAGAGGGCAUCGAUACAAGGGACAUUUGCGUUGAGGAAGAUCUCUCAAUUCAACCAUCUUAUGAAGAUCUGCUCUCCCGAAUGAGGGAACUCUUUCAAGUGGAAGAUAUUGCUUUGAACUACCGGGACCCGAAGGGCGAUCUGAUACGGAUAUUAGACAAUGAAGACGUCGCUCUCAUGGUGCAAGAAAGCAAACAGACAGGGUCAAAUGUCAAACGACCCGUGAAUCAGUUUCCUUGGGAGCUGCUGGUCACACAUGCAAAAGAUCUGACGGUCUACAACACAGAGUAUUAAAGGUCCAGUGUGUAAAAUUUAGGAGGAUCUAUUGACAGAAAUGCAAUAUAAUAUACAGAACUAUGUUUUCAGUGGUGUAUAAAGACCUUACAUAAUGAACCGUUAUGUUUUUAUUACCUUAGAAUGAGCCAUUUAUAUCUACAUACACCGUGGGUCCCCUUACAUCUAAUUCGCCAUUUUGUGCCGCCAUGUUUCUACUGUAACCCUAAACGGACAAACUGAUCUAUAGAGUCGAAUUUGCUUGACUGGCUACUCUCUGCUGUCUCAGACGACAACAUCUUUGUCCUAUGUCGGCCACUGUAGCUUCUCUAUGCGUUUCGUAAGGGAGGGGUGAGCGGUGGCCUGAACCAUUGGUUGCAAUUCGCAACCUCACCGCUAGAUGCCCCUACAAUUUACACACUGCACCUUUAAGACAAGCUCUCUUUUCUACGACCUCUUCAUGUCUCUUGUCAAAAUCAUUGCACAUUAUUCUUUAUUUUAUGUGGUUUUCAAAUUGAAAACAAUUUUUUGGUUAUAGUACACCCAAAAAUAACAAUUCUAGCAUUAUUUACUUAUUCUCGAACAGUGUUGGGGACUUGAGUUAUGUAAUCAGAUUACUUUUUUCCAAGUAACUAGUAAGUGACACAUUACUUUUAAAUUUACAACAAAAUGUCUAGUUACUUUUUCAAAUAAGUAAUGCAAGUUACUUUGUUUUACCAUGUAUUAUCUGUCACCUCUUCUGUCCCCAUGUUGAGAGAAAUCGUAAGUGCAAAGACGUUGUGUGCGCUGUGUAAACAUGAUGGUUAUUGUAGUGAACAUGCAUUUGUUCAUCUCACUUGCACAAAAACAGAUUCAGUAUUCAAUA